AUGUCGUUCCUUCGGUCGACGUCUCUCGUCGCCUUAUUCGCGGCGACUGCCCUGGCCCACGGCGGCCAUGAGGCUGUCCCCGAUGGCGAGGCCAUCUCGCUCGAGCCCAUUGACUCCACGCUAUGGGUUCAUAUGAUUCUUAUGGGCUUUGCUUUCGGCAUUAUCUUCCCCUUGGGCAUGGUCCUGGGUAUCGUUCGUUCCCGCUGGCACGUACCCGUCCAAAUCGUCGGAACCAUAAUCGCCGUCCUAGCCUACUUCCUCGGCCACGCGCACCAUGGCCGCCAAUUCGGAAAAAACGCCCACGCCUCCUUCGCAAACUGGCUCAUGCUGAUCCUAGUCGCGCAAGUCGUGCUAGGCGUCUAUCUAAAACUACACCUCGUGAAAGCCGGCCAGGCCCGCAUCCGCUGGAUCUUCGUCCUAGCCCACGGAAUCCUGGGCAAGAUCAUGCCCGUGAUUUCCUGGGCCCAGAUGCUCUUCGGUGGCAUUGCGGCGCUAGGCUUCUGUCAAGAUGACCACAUGGGACAAUGUCUAGCGCACUUCAUUAUGGGAUCUGCAUUCAUUGGAUACGGAAUCUGUCUGACGAUCCUGCUUCUCGUUGGCCAGUUCUGGCUGCGCCGCACAGGUCGGAGUCAAGAAUUCUUCGACUCGCUCAUCAUCGCGGCCUGGGGUUGCGUGAAUACUUUCACCGAGCAUCGCUGGGGCCAAGAGUGGGGCCAUAACGAUCUUCAGCACACUACUAUGGGAAUUGUUUGGUGGUGCGCGGGUCUGUUGGGUAUGUGGCUCAGUCGCAAUCGGUACGGUCGACCUAAGCGCAAUCUCAUCCCGGCUAUUGUCAUCCUCAUGACGGGUUAUGCUAUGUCGGCGCAUCCCCAGUCUCUCAUGAUCAGUACCAUGAUCCACUCUAUCUUCGGCUAUACACUCAUGGCGGCUGGUUUGACCCGCAUUAUUGAGAUCUCGUUUGUCUUGCGCGAUCAGAGCGCCGUGAGCAUGAACGGUACUGAACCGAAUAGCUUCCAAUAUCUGACUCCAUUCUUGCUUUACGCGUCCGGAUUUCUCUUCCUCGGCGCCACGGAAGAACAAAUGAAACUCCUCAGCGACGCGGGCGUUACUCACGUCUCCUACAUUCUGAUUCUAUACAGCAUCGCAUUCAUCCUAUUCCUCUUCGUCAACGUCCUCCUCCACAUCUACGCUGUCCACACCUGGCCCAGAGAAGAAGACGCCAUCGACCCCGAAGAAGCAGAAGCACAGAGCCGCGGCAAAUACGCCACCGCGAACGGGGGCUUUACGAACGGCCGCGCACGAUCAAACUCCGAAGCCCAGCGUAUCCAGGACGCGGAGGGUUUCGAGUUGCAGGGUCUUAUCAGUGAUGAGGAGGAUGAGCCGACUUCGUCUAUGGCUUCGAAGAGAAAACAUGAUCAGGUUGAUGUUGAUAAGGAGGAACGUUAA